UGUAAGAAGAAGAGCAGGUAGGCGGGCAUUUAUAUAUAUAGUAGACCUGACCGAACCUACAGCCAUUUCCAACGCUGAUCAUAUCCCCAUUUGGCACCAACAUGAAUAGGUUCUUUCUCCUUCUAGGGCUGGCCAUUAUGGCCUUCGCCCAAAAUGAUUUUCUGGAGGCACACAACAAAUAUCGGCGAAGAAUUAAGGGGGCCGCCAACAUGAAGCUGAUGAAAUGGAGCUCAGAACUGGCCAAUGUUGCACAGAAAUGGGCCAAUACUUGCCGUAAGGGCCACAACCCAGGCAGAAGCAGCAGGGAAUUCGGUAGCGUUGGAGAAAACAUAUACCGCAGAACAGAUCAAGCCCAUGCUAAUGAUGUAGUAAAGGCCUGGUAUCUAGAGAAAAGACAAUAUGAUUUUGGGAGCAACUCUUGUUCUGGCGUUUGUGGUCAUUAUACACAGGUUGUGUGGGCUGACUCUGAAGCUGUAGGCUGCGGGGUGGCGUAUUGCAGGAACCUCUUUGGGGGCCGAGGAGGGUACAACUAUGUCUGUAACUAUGGGCCGGCAGGUAAUUGGGUAGGACGGAGGCCAUACAUCGCCGGACGCCAGUGUAGUCGCUGUCCCAGCGGAUACAGGCGGUGUUAUAGCGGAUUAUGUUCCAGAUAAACCCCCACACACCCCCAUCAAUCACCUACUACACCCCCCCCCCCCUCCAUAAAAAAAAAACCCUCCGAAACUCGGUUUCUUACUGUAUAACAAAUUUUUCUUCUACAUGUGUAUCUUAAAGACCUUUGUAAUCUAGUUCAGUGAAUUCUUAACAUUAUAUUUAACCAAUAUUUAACCAAAAUA